UGACAUUUUAAGGAGGUGCCUUACAGUAUAAAUUCCCCAUGCUGACACAGUCAUCACCAUUGCUUAGAGAGGUUCAUUCAUCUUACAGGUACUUCCUUUACAGACAAAAAAUGUCAGACAGCCAAGAAAUUGUGAUCGCAAUUACCCCAGACUUUAUCAAGGAGCUUCUUCCAUCUGCUCAGCGCACCGCUCUCCUCUACCAUCUCUCUUAUCUCUGUUUGGCAAAGUUCCCCAAGUUGGAAAGGGUUCUCCGACAGCGUGCUGUUGAAACUCAGCUUCUCUUUGGGUCCUCUGAGGCUCUUCUGCUGAAGUGUGCGGCCACAAGUAAAAACCUGGUUUCCACACUUCUGCCUGCGCUGAAGAUUGCCGUUGAAGAGGAUGAAAGCAUUUUGGCUAUUAAGUCACUGGAAAAAGCCAGAGCAUGGAUCACUGAAAUUGUUGACAAAGUGGGACAAAUGGUGGACAGAUAUGAGAAACACAACCACAGUGUGGCUUCCUGCUCCAGUGAUGUCAUUCUUGAAAAGUCUCUGACAGAGGAAAAAAAAGCACAAACUACUACUGAGAUAGAGGCUCAGGAGAAGGCGGUGAAAGAUCUCGAAGAUGAACUGAAGAACAACCAUCAGAAAAUUAUACAAAUUGAGACAACGAUUAAACAAAAAAACCAAGACCUGUAUAAUCAUGUCAAAGCGACUUCUAAAAAAAGUAAUGAUGGGGGUUUCUUGUCAGCCCUUGUACCAUUUAUUGAAGCUGUUGUUAAAUUAUUUACAAAAAGCGAUGAUGACUCUGAAGCAGCUGCGACAGUCCAGGUUCUGUCAAGCGAAUUGACUCAACUCUCCAUUGAGAAGUCGAGUCUGAUGAGCAAAGAGUGGAGCAUCCAUGUCAGGAUGACGGACAUGCAGCUGAAGUUGGCAACCAUGAAAAUAGAAAAUGGUUCAAUACCCGACCCUGUCCAUCUGAACGACGUCCAAAAAUGCCUUUCCCGAAUCCAAAACAUUCUGAUUCAGCUUCAGAAGUUCUGGGAAUCAGUGAGUGUAAUGUUGGAGGCUCUCAAAGACGAGACUUUUGCUAAGGAAGACUUCAUCUUGAAGAGAAACAUGAAGGCGACCUUUCUGGAAUCUAUUAACUCAGCAAAAGGGCAUUGGAAGGCCUUCGGUGAAUCCUGUCUACAUGCAAAAAGCAUCUUUAGCUUGCAGACUAAAGAUGCGUAUAAGUUCCUGGAGAACAGCCCAUCUGCACUGACCCCAGAGCAAUGGAAAAAAGAGUAUGAAACUGUCAUAGAGCAACUGAACAAAAUAGAUCCUGAUCCCUUCCAUUACAAAGUACCAGGUGCACCAGCUGCCAUUACUCAGUAAUGUACAAACUUAAGAAGUCUUUGCAGUAUGUGCCUAUAUAAUGAUUCAGGCUUACUGCUUUCAACAACACAUUUGUCACUUACAGUAUAAACCUGUUUUAAUAAAAGCUUUUUAAGUGAG